CAAACAGCGCCCGACCGUCAUUCGGCUUGUGACGUAGUUUGAGGCGCGUUUCCUUUCCUUUGGCCGUUGGGUUUCGGCCGGCCGCCAUUUUGAAUCGUGGAGGAGGAGCAAGUGGUGGUGAUGGUCUUUGGAGCCCCUGUGAGGAGACUUCAGGGCAAAAGCUGAAAAACUGCUUAGUUCUACAAUGGAAAAUGUUAAUAAAGAUGGUGUUUCUUCUCAAGAUGGGCUUCUGCUUAGAAUGGGCCUCAAUGAUAACAAAGCUGGAAUGCAAGGAUUGGAUAAAGAGAAAAUCAACAAGAUCAUAUUGGAAGCUUCCAAGGGUUCUAAAUUUUAUGAAAAUGAACUUAAGAAAGACCAGCAAGUUAACAAACGAAUUGAAAAAAUGCUAGAGGUAAAAAAGAAAAUUACAGAACAACAGAUUAUGAAAACACAACUACAGAUGGAUAAGAUUGCAAUGGAACUUGAACGGAAUCGUGAUCUUAGCUGUACUAUUGUGCAUAUUGACAUGGAUGCUUUUUAUGCAGCUGUAGAAAUGCGAGAUGAUCCUGAACUGAGGGAUAAGCCCAUUGCAGUGGGAUCAAUGAGUAUGUUGUCCACUUCAAAUUAUCAUGCUAGACGAUAUGGGGUACGUGCUGCUAUGCCUGGGUUUAUUGCUAAGAAACUCUGCCCACAUCUUACUAUAGUGCCUUUAAACUUUACAAAAUACAGAGAAGUAAGUGAAGAGGUUAGAGAAAUAUUAGCCGAAUAUGAUCCAAAUUUUAUGCCUAUGGGCCUUGAUGAAGCUUACUUGAACAUAACAGAACACUUAGAAGAAAGGAAGAAUUGGGAUGAAGGCAAGAGAAAGCAUUUAAUCAGAACAAAAAACUCUUCUCUACAUGGUGAACAAAAUAGAAUUGCAAAUGAGUCAAAAUUGAAUGAAAAUGCACAUUAUUGUUCACCAGUCUUGUUUGAUGAUGAUAUUUCAAAGUGCAAGCAAAACGACCCUUCUCUACUGCAUUCAGAAGAACAAGAACAUCAGCAAUCAACAGUCCUAACAAAAUCAGUUGUCUUUGGAACAUCAGCAGAGGAAGCUGUAGAGGAAAUUCGCUUUAGAAUUGAACAAAAAACAAAGCUCACUGCCAGUGCAGGCAUUGCUCCAAAUACUAUGUUAGCAAAAAUGUGCAGUGAUCAAAAUAAACCUAAUGGCCAGUUCAGAAUCUCCCCUGAUAGAGAACAUGUGAUGAACUUCAUCAAGGAUUUACCCAUCAGGAAGGUGCCUGGCAUAGGAAAAGUAACAGAGAAAAUGCUCAGAGCUUUGGGAAUUGUAACAUGCACUGACCUUUACCAGCAGAGGGCACUGAUUUCUCUGCUCUUCUCUGAAACAUCUUGGCAUAAUUUCCUGGAAAUCUCUCUUGGUUUGGGUUCUACACAACUGGAAAGGGAUGGCGAAAGAAAAAGUAUGAGUACUGAAAGGACAUUUAAUGAAAUAAAUACAGAAGAACAAUACAGUUUGUGCAAAGAACUGUGUGCUGACCUUGCACAGGAUUUAAAAAAGGAAGGACUUAAAGCUAGAACUGUGACUUUAAAGUUGAAGAAUGUAAACUUUGAAGUGAAGACAAGAGCUACCACAGUCCUGUCUGCAGUUUCUACUGAAGAAGAAAUAUUUGCUAUUGCUAAAGAUUUGCUUGGAUCAGAAAUUGUGAGUGUGGCUCCACAGCCAUUACGGCUACGAUUGAUGGGUGUACGAGUGUCUGGUUUUUUAAAUGAAGAAGAAAAGAAGUAUCAACAAAAGAGUAUUGUUAAUUUCUUAGGAAAACAAAUAAGUGCUUCCAAACUCUUUUCAAGAAAAUCUGCUGAGGAAACCUUUUCAAAGGCACCUGAUAGAGAAAGUUUUUUCAAUAAAAAACGAUCUACAAGAUUAGAAGCAAACCAGCCAGUUUCUUUAAAUGAGUCUUUAGACCAGCAGAAUCUUCAGGACAUGGCACCAAUGACAUCAUUGGUAGAUAAAACAAAGUACAAUGAACUCCAGUUCUUUGUUUGUCCAGUUUGCUUUGAAGAGCAUCAAAAUAGCACUUUGGAGGCAUUUAAUAGGCAUAUUGACAAAUGUCUCAGUGGGACAUUUGAAAAAGAUUGUACAAAAAAUAUAAAUAAGAAAUCAUGGGAGAAUACAAGUGAUCUAUCUUUGGACCGGAAGGAGAAAGACACUGAAAAAGAUAAUACUAGCAACCAGAGGAUUGAAGUACAGCCUAAUGUAAUGGAUUAUGCUGCCAGUGGUAGCAUAGAUAUUUUUCCUAUGGUGCACAAUAAUGAACCUGAUAGUGAGAGUGGAUGUGCAAUGACUAGUGACUCUGUAUUUGGUAUGCAUGCAAAGGAGGAUUUUAUUUCUGAAGUCUCAUCAGUGGAGCAUUUUGAAGAGCCCCACUGUACAGAUAACAAGUUACCAUGUUUUACUGACAUGAGUGAAAACAGUAUUUUAGUGUGUCCCGUCUGCAACUUAGAACAAAAAACAAAGGACCUUGCAGUGUUUAAUAGGCAUGUAGAUGUCUGUUUAAACAAAGGUAUUAUCAAGCAGUUGACAGAAAAAUCAAAAACUACUGGAACCUUGGAUAGAGAACAUAAUACAGCUUCCACAAUAGGAGCAAAACGAUCCGGAAAAACACUUCACCAAUCAACAUCCAAAAAAGCCAAAUCAACAGAUUCCAAGUGCACAAUAGAAGCAUUUUUUAAAUGAAUGUCAUAUAUUAUAAGGAAGACAUUUUGAUCAGUGUUACAGCAGUGCAAUUUGAAUGCAAAACAUAUUGCCGAAGCUAUUUUCAUUGUGUGUAUAUUUUAUAUAUGAAUUUGCACUUAUCAAAGGGACAUUUUACUCUCAAUAGUUGCCUUGCAGUAAUUUGAUAUUUUGAAUAAUGAAGAUGUACUUAUGUGAAAAAUAAAUGAAUUGAAGGAUGAAAAUACAUUGAAUGAAGUCAGCAGCUCUCAAUGUAUAUUGUUUGUGGGAGUUGGUAUUUUUAUUAUUUGUGGCUAUGCUAGAAAAGUGAAAUGAUUGCCUUUUCAUUUGAUAAUGAACAGAUGCACUUCAUAAAUCUGAUACUGUCAAUGUGAGCUUUUGAUGAUCUGGGAAGUAAAACCAAGACUGAAGACUGCUCACCUACUGUGCUGUAUAAAAAUUAUUGCAGGAAGUUAUGGUACUUUGUAGUCAAAAUAUACGUCGUAGGAUAAACACUAAGAUUUGUGAGCCUUAUCUACAUACAACUACAAAUACGCAUGCACCCACAGAUACACUUUAAUGUAAACAAGACAUGCUUUCAUUCUAUAACUUUUCAGAAUUUCACGUGCUACACAGACUGAAAUAAAUUAAUAUAAAGCACCUAAAGUAAUUUUAUGCUACUUUUGUAGCUCAAAUGUACACAAGCUGAUACAAAUUUAGUUCUAGUCUCUUUCAUUUGAAUUGAAUACAGCUUUAAAAAAAAUCUUCUUAAUGUCCUGUAAGAGCUUGCCAACAUUUACAAGUACUUAGGAAAGACCUGUGUUUUAGCACCUGCAUCUUUUAUAUUAUAUGGUCUUGCAGAAAACUUUUCAGUAAGAUUGUCCAAAAGUACUUUGCCUUCCCAGAAUGGCUGGCCAUGUUAAGGAAGCGAUUCACUUAUCCAGAUUCCCCCUGCUACAGUUAGACUAUUCUGGUGUAAACAGAUUCAGUCUAAAAAAAUUAGGUUAGGAAAUUGUAUAAUGAAGUAAGUCCUGUCAGUGUGCUGUCUUUUAAAAUUAUUAUUAUUAUUGCAUUAUUAUUUCAGAUACAUUUUUAAAUGGUCAGAAUAAGAGGCAGUCUUAUGUUAAGGUAUUUUACCACCAUGUUUUAAAGGAUAUGUAGGAAACAAUGUUCAUGUAUAAAUAUUAAUAUAUUUUGUUCUUUACAUUAAGUAUGUAUUUUGAAAUAAAUUUUAUUUGUAAUGUAAUGUCAAAAACAGUUUUAUCAAGCUUCAUUUCCAUAAUUGUGGACCUCAGUGUAAUGCAAACUAAUAAGAAGCUUUGUAAAAUAUUUGAACAUUAUUAAAAGUGCACUUUAGUUAUUAA